AUGUCCUCACCAGCUCAAAGACGGAGGGGUCGUUCCACCAAAAAUUCAACUGCGUCGCCCACUUCGUCGUCACGACAGGAACCACCUAGUAGCCCGACUUUUCAGGCCACCCCUCGUGCUUCGAGGCGUUUAAUGGGAGAGGGAGCUGUGCCUUCUUCAUCCCCGAUCUUCUUCCAGUCAUCUCCAACCAAGGGUAACAACAAUGCUGAAACACCUGAUGAGCGUAUGGCCGAUGCCAGCUCAACAAUGGAUGAUGGAGAGAGAACCCCGCGAGGAAAUCCUGGUGUGAGAGAUUCUUCUCCCAUUAAUUACAUCCCAAGUUCCAGCCCAACCCGAGGCUUCGGUCGCUCCGAUCUUCGCUCAGACAUUCGCUCAGACAUUCGUUCCGAUGCAGUCAGCACCAGCAGUGGACUGUUUGUCUCGCCCCGUGGACAGGGCCGACGUGCGAAUAAUCGUCGCAGCGAUUUGCACUCUGGCGGCUUCGGGUCCACUCCCAAUCGUCGCAAUCGUCUGUUCGUUGAUGGUAGUGGAAUGCCUGCCGGUGAAGAUAACACUAUUCCUCGGUCCGAUGCCACGUUCUCGAAUAUCAACCCCGAUACCUCCGAAGCGGAGGCAUUGGCUGGUAACUCUACUCGUGUGAUCUGGGGUACCAAUAUCUCUAUUGCAGACUCAAUGUCAUCGUUCAAGAACUUCUUGUAUAACUUCGCUCCAAAAUACCGUCUCUGGGCUGAUGGUGCCUCAGAGCAUGAAACUCGACUAUUGGGUGAAGCUGCUGAAAGGCGUGAGUGUAUCGCCGUGCUGAAUGAUAUGCGGAGGCUCGGUGUGUCGACUUACAACCUCGAUGCUGCAAAUCUCAAGGCCUAUCCAUCGACUCGCAAGUUGUGGCACCAACUUACCGCAUACCCGCAAGAGAUUAUCCCUCUCAUGGAUCAGAGCUUGAGGGAUGUCAUGGUUGAUCUGGCCCUCAAGGAGAUGGACGUUCUGCGAUCAGAGAGUCAACGUAACGCUCAGUCUCGCGAUCGCCGUGGUCAGUCUAUUCUCACCUCAGAUGCGGCAGUUCCUCCCAAUGUCGAUAUUCCGGAUUUGGUUGGUGAAGUGGAGGCUAUGAUCUUCAAAGUGCUUCCCUUUGGCUUGGAUCAGACUGUGAACAUGCGUGAUCUCGACCCUGCUGAUAUGGACAAGCUGGUCAGCAUCAAGGGUCUGGUCAUUCGUGCUACUCCAAUCAUUCCUGACAUGAAAGAAGCAUUCUUCCGGUGCAGCGUCUGCAGCUAUGGCGUUAUUGUCGACAUUGACCGUGGCAGGAUUAGCGAGCCGACCGUCUGCCCCCGCGAUGGUUGCAAGGAGAACAACUCUAUGCAACUCAUCCACAACCGUUGUAACUUCGCGGAUAAACAAGUCAUUAAGCUUCAGGAAACUCCGGACAGCAUUCCUGAUGGCCAGACUCCCCACUCCGUGUCUCUGUGUGCAUAUGAUGAACUGGUCGACGUCUGCAAAGCAGGUGACCGUGUGGAGGUGACCGGUAUUUUCCGAUGCAAUCCUAUGCGAGUCAACGCACGCCAGCGCUCUCAGAAGGCUCUUUUCAAGACUUACAUCGACGUUCUUCACGUGCAAAAGGUUGACCGUAAGAAAAUGGGCAUCGACAUGUCCACUGUCGAGCAAGAGAUGUCCGAGCGAGCGGCAGAGGCAGACCAGGCACGCAAAGUAUCAGCAGAAGAAGAAGAGAAGAUUAAGCGGACAGCUUCCCGUCCCGACAUCUAUGAUCUUCUAUCUCGUUCCUUGGCGCCCAGUAUCUACGAGAUGGACGACGUGAAGAAGGGUAUCCUGCUGCAAUUGUUCGGAGGCACCAACAAGACCUUCCAAAAAGGAGGUAAUCCUCGCUACCGUGGCGAUAUUAACGUUCUUCUGUGCGGUGAUCCGUCGACCGCCAAGUCCCAAAUACUGCGGUACGUUCACAAGAUCGCCCCGCGUGGUGUCUACACCAGUGGCAAGGGUUCUUCAGCUGUUGGUUUGACUGCCUACGUGACUCGUGACCCAGAAACUCGCCAAAUGGUUCUCGAGUCUGGUGCGUUGGUUCUGUCUGAUGGUGGUGUCUGUUGUAUCGAUGAGUUUGACAAGAUGAACGAUUCCACUCGGUCCGUCCUUCACGAAGUCAUGGAACAACAAACCGUCUCCAUUGCCAAGGCGGGUAUCAUCACUACCCUGAAUGCCCGUACAUCUAUCCUGGCCUCUGCCAAUCCCAUCGGCAGUAGAUACAACCCUAAACUCGCAGUUCCCCAGAACAUUGAUCUUCCACCCACUUUGCUCUCUCGUUUCGACCUGGUCUACCUGGUUCUUGACCGUGUCGACGAGACGGAAGAUCGCCGCAUGGCCAAGCACUUGGUCGGCAUGUACCUCGAGGACAACCCCGAAAAUGCCAGCUCACAUGAGAUUUUGCCCAUCGAAUUCCUCACAUCUUACAUUACAUACGCGAAGACCAACUGCCACCCCGUUAUCACCCCAGCUGCCGGUGCUGCCCUCACCGAUGCCUAUGUGGCCAUGCGUCUACUCGGUGACGACAUCCGCGCCCAGGACCGCCGCAUCACCGCCACCACCCGACAGCUCGAAUCGAUGAUCAGACUGUCCGAAGCCCACGCACGCAUGCGUCUGUCCCCCGAGGUAACCGUCGGCGAUGUCGAGGAAUCCGUCCGAUUGAUCCGCUCCGCCAUCAAGCAAGCCGCCACCGACUCCCGCACCGGUCUGAUCGACAUGGGUCUGUUAACCGAAGGCACCAGUGCUACCGACCGCCGCCUGCGCGAUGACCUGAAGAAGGCAGUGCUCUCUCGCCUGGAUGAUCGCGGUGGUGCGUCUGGUGGUGCAGUCCGCUGGGCUGAUCUCUUCCGCGACGUGAGCGAGCAGAGUGACAGCAGGUUGGACCACACUCAGUUCAACGAUGUGGUGCGGUCGCUGGAAUCAGAGGGCUCAGUGAAUGUCUUUGGUGAGGGUGCUCGCCGCAGUAUCCGUCGGGCGGCCAUGAGCCUGUAG